GGAUAGACCUAAACAGGAAGUCUGCACGCUCGAGCUGAAAGUCAAAAAGAGAGCAAGAUUUUAAAACAGAACCGCUCAGAAGCCGUUUUUUAAAUGCAUAAUGUGAUGUUGGCUCCAAAUUUGGCGUCUAGAAAUCAAUGUUUGAGAUGAUGUUUCAAACGGUAGCGAGGGCCUUUCCUGUGUCAUCAAUUUCACCGGUUUCUCGUUGUGUUUCGUUUGGUGUCAGACGUUUCUGCGAGAAGAAUCCAACUAAACUUCGUGUUUCGGAAGCUCUUUUAGGGGCUGAAGUGGGAGAAGAUGUCCGAGUUCAGGGAUGGGUUCGCUCAUACAGACCCCAAAAAAACAAUAUUUUCCUGCAUGUGAACGAUGGAAGCUCACUGAAGUCCUUACAGGUUGUUGCUCCAGCAGGGAAGAGCGAUCCGUUGCUCUCCUUUGGCUGUGCUGUUGAAGUCAAAGGGAUCCUGAAGAAAAGCCCUCACUUCAAGCAACCGGUUGAGCUGGAAGCCAAACAAAUCCAGGUCAUCGGAGAAUGCAACCCAGUGGAUUUUCCCUUCAAAAUCAAAGAGCGCCACAGCCUUGAGUACAUCCGUCAAUUUCCACAUCUCAGGUGCCGGACAAAUGCCUUCAGCUCUCUUCUGAGGAUACGAAGUGAGGCCACCGCUGCAAUUCAUUCUUAUUUUAAGAGCAAUGGUUUUCUACAGAUUCACACUCCAACUAUCACCUCUAAUGACUGUGAAGGGGCAGGAGAGCUCUUUCAGGUGGAGCCGCCAGGCACGACGUUUGCCGAGGUUGGGAGUUUUUUUUCCGUGCCCGUGUACCUGACUGUGUCAGGACAGCUUCAUUUGGAGGUCAUGUCGGGAGCGUUUCCCAGAGUUUACACGUUUGGGCCGACUUUCCGGGCUGAAAACUCCCAGAGCCGACGUCACCUGGCAGAGUUUUUCAUGGUGGAGGCGGAAAUCUCCUUUACAGAGUCCAUCGAGGAUCUGACCAAGGUCAUGGAGGACCUGUUCAGAUCAGUCACAGACUCUGUGCUGGCUCACUGUGAGGAGGAUGUGGAUUUGUUUCACAAAUACGUGGCUCCAGGACACAGGGACACCGUGGACGACGCGCUGAAGAAGAGCUUUCCUGUGAUAACCUACACUGAGGCCAUAGACGUCCUGAAGCGCAGUUCGGAACAUUUUACCUUCCCUACCGAUUGGGGUUGUGACCUGAUGACAGAACACGAGAAGUACCUGGUGAAACAUUGCGGCAACAUUCCAGUGUUCAUCACUGAUUACCCCUACGACCUGAAGCCUUUUUAUGCUAGAGACAACCAGGAUCAUCCCAAGCGUACAGCAGCUGCAGUGGACCUGCUCGUGCCAGGAGUGGGAGAGCUCUGCGGGGGCUCGCUCAGAGAGGAGAGGCUGAGUCUGCUGAGAUCUCGGCUACAAGAGUGUGGAUUAGAAGAAACCUACAGCUGGUAUCUGGAUUUGAGACGGUUCGGCUCGGUUCCUCACGGAGGCUUUGGACUGGGAUUUGAGAGAUAUUUACAGUGCAUUCUUGGUGUUGACAACAUCAAGGAUGUCAUUCCUUUUCCGAGAUUUUCCAAUUCUUGUCUCCUUUAAAAUGAAAUAAAAAUAUAUUUAAAAAA